AUGCUGAGAAUGGCUUGUCGGUGGGGCGCAGCCCCCUGGACCCGCCGGCCAGUCCCAGCUCCGGCCUGGUGCUCCAGGCCAACUACCACAGCCAGCGCCGUGAGUCCUUCCUCUACCGCUCCGACUCAGACUUUGACCUCUCACCCAAGGCCCCCUCGAGGAACUCGUCCACUGCCAGUGAUCUGGAAGAAAGCUUGAAGCACUGGGAAGUCAACUGGUUGUCUCGACAUGGAGAAGACAUGAUUGUGACACCAUUUGCACAGGUACUUGCCAGUUUGAGGACGGUAAGAAGCAACUUCGCCGUUUUGACCCAUCAGCAAGAUCGUCAACCCAGCAAGAGAAUUGGCAGUAAUCCACCGUCCAUGUUAAAUACAAGCUUAGCAGAGGAGCCGUUUCAGCAGCUGGCCGUGGAGACUCUGGACGAGCUGGACUGGUGUCUGGAGCAGCUGGAUACUCUGAAGACACGCCACUCCGUCAGCGAGAUGGCCUCCAAUAAGUUCAAGAGGAUGCUGAACAGAGAGCUCACUCAGCUAUCAGAGGCCAGCAGAUCAGGGAACCAGGUGUCAGAGUUCAUCUCCAGCACCUUCCUAGAAAAGCAACAUGACAUGGAGAUCAUGUCUCCACACAUCAAGGAGAAGAAGGAGAAAACGGACAAGAAGAAGCGUCCCAUGUCCCAGAUCGUGGGGGUAAAGAAGCCCAGAAUCAUCCCCAGUGUGGCCCCCUCCAACAUCCCCCGCUUCGGGGUUGCAGCCACUCAGGAGGGCUUUCUCGCCAAGCAUUUGGAAGAUAUAAACCGAUGGGGUGUGGAUAUUUUCAAAAUAUCUGAAUAUUCUGGGAAUCGUCCGCUGACGGUGGCGAUUUAUUCAAUUUUCCAGGAGCGAGAGCUGCUGAAGUCCUUCAAGAUCCCUGCAGACACCUUCAUCACCUUCAUGAUGACCCUGGAGGACCACUACCACCAUGAUGUGGCCUAUCACAACAACAUCCACGCUGCAGACGUGGUCCAGUCCACCCACGUCCUCCUCUCUACCCCUGCCCUGGAGGCGGUGUUCACUGACUUGGAGAUCCUAGCUGCUCUGUUUGCCAGUGCUAUACAUGAUGUGGACCACCCGGGGGUGUCUAACCAGUUCCUCAUCAACACCAACUCCGAGCUGGCCCUGAUGUACAACGACGUGUCGGUCCUGGAAAACCACCACCUGGCCGUGGGCUUUAAGCUGCUGCAGGAGGACAACUGUGACAUCUUCCAGAACCUCAGCAAGAAACAGAGGCAGUCCCUACGCAAGAUGGUCAUAGACAUGGUGUUAGCCACAGACAUGUCCAAACACAUGAACCUGCUGGCUGACCUGAAGACUAUGGUGGAGACCAAGAAGGUGACCAGUCUAGGAGUACUUCUACUAGACAACUAUGGAGAUCGUAUCCAGGUCCUCCAGAACAUGGUUCACUGUGCUGACCUCAGUAACCCCACCAAGCCCCUGGAGGUUUACCGCCAGUGGACUGACCGCAUCAUGGUGGAGUUCUUCACCCAGGGGGACAGGGAGAGGGACAAGGGCAUGGAGAUCAGCCCCAUGUGUGACAAACACAACGCCUCCAUCGAGAAGAACCAGGUGGGCUUCAUAGACUACAUCGUCCACCCUCUGUGGGAGACGUGGGCAGACCUGGUCCACCCUGAUGCCCAGGACAUCCUAGACACGCUGGAGGACAAUCGCGAGUGGUACCAGAGCAUGAUCCCACACAGCCCUUCGCCCACACCCGAGGCCCAGGACAAGAUGGGCCUGCCUGGGGGAGCCAUGGGAGCUGGAGGGGGUGGAGGUGGAUCCUCCACAGGAGAUAAGUUCCAGUUUGAGCUGACCCUAGAGGAGGAGGAGUGCGAGUCUGACACAGAGAGCCCUCCUGCAGAGGAGGAGGGGUACAGUAGCACUGGGAUGAAGCCUUCUAGGACUGACCCGGACAGCAGACUCCAUUCCAUGUCUGCCACUUCUCACCCACACACGCAAGUACUCUCCAAAAUGGCUACCUCUGUCCUCAAUCUUGGUGGCAGGACUUUGUCCACAGACUCUGACCCAGAAAGGGAGGCCACCGAAGACAGAGAACAUGACCAAGAAGGUAACGCCGGUGUGAGGCGCUUCAGGCUAGGUACAUAACAGUACAAUGUUCUUUUUUUUUUCUCUUAUUUUUUAAAAAACAUUUCUGAGCCUCCCCUCUGACCCCUUCAACCCCCAUCUCUGGCUUCCUUGGAUUGAAUGGCAGGACAAAGCUGGGGUAAAGAACGUAGAGGGGGUGCGUUCAGGAAGUCUGCACUUACACAGCAGUCACCUCGUACUGGAGAAAGGAGAGCCCCACUGUUCCUUCUUUGGUUGCAGAGAACAGGAAACCGUGUUUUUGAGCUGGUCUUUUGUGUUUUACCCGAUACGUCUCUGAGUUGGACGUGUCCCCGUAUUCAGCUUAUGUUUCUCAGAGACACUGAGAAAACCAACCUUCCUGUUUUGCAAGUCAAGCCAAGGUCUACGACAAAAGAGCAAAGAUUUUGUGGAACACGUCUUCCUUUUGACUACUUAUGACCGCUUGAAACAAUUGACGAAGCGACAAACUUAGUAACAACAAACACCACAAAGGCUUUUGAGACAUUAUGCCAAACAGAUUAAUAAACACGGACUUGGCCAAUGGCAACAUUUGCCUGCCUUUUCAACUGUUGGUCAUUUUGUCUUUAAUUUAAGUCCUUUUAAACUAGUGCAGAAAGUGGUUUAAACCGGUAAACUGCAGACUUACCAAAUAUGUACUACAAAGGACAAAGUACAGAGCAGAACGUCAGAAUUGAGGAAGAUAUUGUUUCAAUGUAGCACAACACUUUUUGGGUACCUUGUUGUAACAGCUACUCGGUGCAUCACUAGGGGUCUCUCAUCAGCCACACUCUUAACAACUGGUUUAGGGUCAGUUCUUCCUCCCACAGUCCUAACCACAGUCCUGUUAUGUGUAAACCAACAAAACCAACCCUGAGCCAGCCGUUAUAGGGACAUAUUAGUAACCCAAAGCUAUGCGGUGUGCACUUGGCACCUCCCAGUGUUGAAUAUCGGAAUUAAAGUCUGAACGUGUACUGCAAUUCAAGGCAUUCAAAAUGCCCAUACCUACAGUAAAUUGACUAUAGGUAUGUUAAGUGGAUUGGUUUUAGCGGUAUUGCUGUUGUAGGCAGGGGUAUCCAAAACAAGCACUUCAGUUAAGAUUCACCACUUGUCUGUAUGAUUUUAUUGGAUGUAGUUUUUUUCUAUUUGAAGUCCCUCAUAGUGUAUACAUACUGCUUUAUACUGUAAUCGUGUGUAUCCUUAACCUUUUUAUGGCAUCAGUUUGCCUCCACUUUUAGCACUUUACAAUUUUACUCACAGCCAAUCCUCAUCCUGCUUGGAAGGGCUUGAGCCAAUCCAUAAACACAUUGGAGGCAGGUGACUGAGAAUUUUUGUUUGCCACUGGCAACAUGGUAGCCAGCACGUACAUACCCUAGCACAUUAGGAUAACUAGUUGCAUUGAGGGAACCUGGACAGAGUUAAGUUAACUGUUUGACAGUACAGUAGGGCUGUGGGACAUUUUUUACAUUUACAUUUUAGUCAUUUAACAGAUGCUCUUAUCCAGAGCAAAUUACGACUUGAGCGCAUACAUUUUCAUCCUGGUCCCAGUGGGAAUUGAACCCACAACCCUGGCAUUUGCAAGUGCCAUGCUCUACCAAAUGAGUCAAACUGUACAAUGUCCUUUCAAGUCUAUUGUUGUUGUUACAGUAAAGGUCUCAAGUUUCCUACUUACUUCAGGUACCAUCAUCUGGUCACACUAUCAACCAGUUGAACUAGUAAAUAAAAAAGAUACAUUGGUAGAGUUUACAUAUGUUAUCACAGUUUGUGAAGCGCAUGGUGUAAUAUUUGCCAAACUAUUUCAGAAAUGUAUGAAAGAUGUGCCGCUCAAGGCAAUUGUAACUGUAAAAAAAAAAGAGAAAAAAAGACCGUUGGCCAUAGGCCAGUUUUCUGUGCUGAAAUUUUCACACCCUUUUCCUUUUGUCAUUGGUCAAUAUUCUGCUCUUCACAGGGACAUGACCAAUGACAGUACAAGUGCCAAGCAAGCAUGACACAACUCGUACUGUAAUUUCCAUUUUGCCCCAGGCUAAUUUCCAUCAAUGACUAAUGUUGAUCAUGUCGCCCUCCCUGUGUACCCUUUCUGCCCCAUAGGUUUUCUGUUUUAGAACAAUAAUUCACUGAUAACUGCACCUUUCUUAAUGUUUGAAUGGUUGGACAUUUAGAUGAAUUGAAUUUGUAAAGAAACCAAAGCACUUUGUAUGGUAAUUUUUACAAGUCUGUGCUUAAAGUACAGUCGAGUGUGAUGUAACUCUGUUGACUAAUCCACAUUAGUAUUCCGUAUUCUGGUAUUAUGUGGCUUGAUUAUUACAAUUGAUGCAUAGCACAGGCUGGACCACUGAAGCUAAAUUGGGGGACUUGUGCUAUGGAAUUAAAACUUUUUGGUAUCUAUAAUAUGUUUUGAUAAAGAUGCAUGAAAGAUGCUAGAUUCAUAAGGAAAUUAUUAAAGUAUCUAAAAUAAGCUCAUCUGUGAACAGAAACCUUUGAACCUACACAUGGAGUAAAUUGAUGUUGUGUUUUUACGAAAGAUCCAGAAAUGUGACUUUCUGGAGCCUUAUAUUUGUGUACGUUUUCUUUCCUCAUAGAUUGUAUACUCGAUAUGGUGGGGAGACACCAGUGCCAUGCACACAGUAGUUAAGGAGCACAAACAGUUCAGAACUCAAGCAAGCCUUUCUGUCUUUCUCAGCUGUCAUGAAAAAUGUCUUCACCAGCCAUUGUUAUGACAGUAUUUUCACAAGGAUUCAGUUAUGCUCUCUGUCUACCAUUGAUUGUUUUGUAUAUUUUCCUCACAAUGCUUUGUGUACAGUUUAUUUAUUAUUUCUAUAUCUGUCCGAAAAUGAAGAACUAUAGACUUUGUCGGAGGCUAAGUAUUUAUUUGUAGCUACCUUCCGAGCUUUGGGAGAAAAAAAAUCGGAUAGAUUUCAACUACAGUGCUCAACCAUGGAGGCUGGUGGGAGGACCUACAGAAGGACGGGCUCAUUGUAAUGGCUGGAAUGGAAUUAAUGGAACAGAGUAAUACAUGUGGUUUCCAUAUGUUUGAUGUGUUUAAUACCGUUCCAUUUAUUCCAUUCCAGCCAUUACAAUGAGACGUCCUCCCAUAGAUCUUGCCACCAUCCUCCUCUGGCACUCAACCAAAUGUUUUAGUUUCCUUAUGUCUGCCAUAAAAGAAAGCAAAAAAUAAUCAAACUUUCUCAGUUUCCUUUCAGUCGGUCAUUCGGUAUAACAUACUAUGUAGGGUCAACGACCAAUCCUAUUCACCAGAAGCAAAUUGAAAUCACUCCCAACGGGCCAAUGGAUGCCGAGCCUGCCCUCGGAUGCCCCGCCUUCCUGACAAUAAUACUGGGGCUCGCAUACAUUUCCUACAUUUUUGCAUUUGUUAACUACUUUCUGCUCUGCUUGUGUAGCUAAUACUUCCUUGUUUAGGUAGGGUUUGUGUUUGCUUAACACCCACUACUUUCUGCUCUGCUUGUGUAGCUAUUGCUCUGUUGCUUGAGUAAGAUGGCCAAUGGUAGGAGGAAGUUCAAAAAGGCUAACCAGCUGAGUUUGAACCUCCGACCAUGGCCUAGGGCAUGUGGUUUCACAAUAAAAUAUUAAGAAAAGAGUGCUAUCCUGCUUGCUUGGGGUGGAAACACACUUGGCUCAGGCCAGUUUGCGUGACCAAUGUCUCCGGCUGGGUUCAACCUCUAUUGGGUGUAGGGCUUACUUUGUGAGGAAGAUUGAGGCUGCUGGCGAAGGUUCUUCCAGUGAAAAUGAGAGUUUGGGAAUGGGGUUGUUUGAGGCCGGCGUAGAGUUGAUAGGGGUGUAAUCCCAACCAAGUGAGGCUCAUUCUGGUUUCUCUGGCAGUGUUCAGAGUCUGGAUUCCAGGGAUGAUAUACUAUCCCUGAUUGGCUCUGGAGGGUUUUCAGAGUGUCAAUGGGUUGACAUCAGUCUGGGGAAGCCUGAAGCACCGGCUUUGGAUUUGGCGGGGGAGAGUGAACCAUUGGUGCUUAAUGAACCAUUGUUGGAGCUGUGUCGUAGGGCGGCAGAUCACCUAGGGUUGGAUUGUCCUUCUCCCCUGCAGAGGAGUUCCUCCAGGUUACCUCCCGUCCCUGCAGCAGUGAUGAGUGAUGAGCUAAAGACAACCUGCGAUUCCCCUCAUUCAGCCAGGCUGGUGCUACCAGGUUGUAGUGAGUUCAUUAAUAGUGGGUAUGGAAGAGACAGGGCUCGUUUGCACACCACCAAUGGAUAGAAAGCUGGCGAGUUACUUAACUUCAGAGGCUAACAAGGGGGCAAAUCUGUCACACUCUGACCUUAGAGAGCCUGUUUAUGUCUCUAUUUGUUUGGUCAGGGUGUGAUUUGGGUGGGCACUCUGUUCUUUAUUUCUUUGUUUCUGGCCGAGUGUGGUUCCCAAUCAGAGGAAGCUGUCUAUCGUUGUCUAUUUUCCCACCUGUGAUUGUGGGUGGUUGUCUAUGUGUAGUUUGUUAUUUCUGGUUUUGUUGGCGACAUUAUAAAUAAACUAAGAUGUACGCUCACCACGCUGCGCCUUGGUCCACUUCUUCCGACGAGCGUGACAAAAUCCUAGCAUGGUGAUUCCAAAUAAACAGUGCUGAUCCUCAGCGGAUCAGCUGGACAAAGUUAUGUCUGUCCCACUGUACUAUCCUGGCUGUGGGGGAAAGUAUGGGGGGCGAUGGUGGUGGCUCAGUGCCACCUCUGGUUGAUGUUGUCCUGGAUUCCUGAGAGGGACAGGAGGAUGUAUUUGGAUGAGACAGUUUAGUCAAAAAGGUUGUUUUGCUCGGCUAUGGAGUCCUUACGGGCCAGUUUCGGGAGAAACAAAAGCAGGACGUAGCUCUAUGGGUCCUUUUCCAACUAAAAUCCUUUGCGGUUCUGCAGUUCCGAGGCGUGAAGGAAAGGGUGCAGGCCUAAGGCGGGUUGCCGCCUUGGUGCUUCUGGGCAGCGGCGGACGUCUUGGCACAGACGGCGUGCUGGUUUGAAGGAACGCAGGGUGCAAGCAGAUUCUUCUGUGACACCGGGGAAGAAACAGACCUCUCAACCCUAGCUGGAGGCUGGGAGAGGGGGCGUGCUCUCUGGGCCCUCCUUCCCAAGCAUUUACUGUGGCAACAGUGCUCCCAAGUGGCUCGGUCAAUAAGGGGCAAGUUACUGGUUGCCGAAGUCCCCGAACCCAUUGUGGGCAUAAUAAACACAGUUCCUUCCUCACAUUCAGACACGCAGUUGUCAAAAGUGGUGGAAAUGAAAAACAAGUAUACAUUUUUUAUUUUUUAUAAAUUAACCUAAAUUAUCCUAGGAGAUAAUAUGGCGCUCCCACACUGCCACGCUUGUUUCCCAUAUGGUGUUCAUAAUGAAUCACAAGAGAAGUUGUUGACUCUGGCUCAGCGCUCAGCGCAUUCAGUUUCUGGACCUUGCUCUAGACUCGGUGCUGAAUCACGCGUUUUUGUCCCAACAGAGGAGGGUCACAUUCCGGCUGGGGCCCUCGGUGCCAUUUCGCUCGUGCCUGUGGUUAUUGGGUCUAAAGGCCUCUAUGAUGGCUGUGGUGCCUCUGGGACUUCUGUUGAUGCGUAUAUUUCAGCGCUAGGUGACUGCUAGUGUCUGGACGCAUCUCGCCACUGCCAUUGGUUGCUUAGGGUUUCCCCGUCGUUGCUAUCAAUGAGGCAUUUCCUUCCGAUGUUUUAGGGCCAGCAUGUGUUGGUAAGGUCUGACAACAGGACGAUGGUGGCGUACAUCAACAGGAAGGGGGGACGAGGUCUCUCUUUCUCCUAAACCUGGCACGUUAUCUCCUCGUAUGGAGCAGUGCGAAUUUGCUGUCGCUCAGGGCAAAGUAUCUUCCCGGAUCUCUCAACGUGGGUGCAGAUCUACUUUCCAGGGCGGAUCCUAUCUCUAAGGAGUGGAGACUGCACCCCUCAGUGGUUGCCCAGAUAUGGGACCGGUUUGGCAGGGCCGACGUAAAGCUUUACACAUUGCGAGAAAAUGCGCAUUGUCGACUUCUUCUCAAUGAGAGAUCUGGGCACUUUGUUGUGAGCGGAUGCUUGGCAUAUCAGUGACCUCGGACCCUGCUCUAUGCGUUCCUCCAGUGGACCUGAUUCAGGCCACUGUGGAGAGGGUCCGUCAGGAAGGUCUGUUGUUCAUUCUGGUGGCUCCCUCGUUGGCCCAGACAACCCUGAUUCCCGGAGAUCCUCUGCCUGUUAGGCGGGUUUCUGAUGUUCUUGCAAGAGCUAUUUGAGAAGGGCCUUUCUUUUUCCAUAUUUAAGUUUAUGUAGGGACCCGUGGAGGGGUUCCGUGUCAUCAGGAUCUAUUGUCUAUUGACACCCAAGGCCGUAGAUAUGGCUCUGCAGAGUUGGCCCCUGAAAGGUUGAAUUUGAUGACAAGGGGUUUAUCCUCAAACGUGAUUAUGACUAUACAGUUGGGCGUGUGCACCCUCUACGAGAGGGUUGUAUAUAAGUGGCACGCGUUUGAGGUUUGGUGUCAGGUUAAAGGAGUUUCUGAUGUUCUUGCAAGAGCUUUUUGAGCAGAGCCUUUCUUUUUCCAUAUUCAAGUGUAUACGCCAGCCAUCCCGGCGUGUCAUGUAGGGAUUGACGGCUCUACCCAGGGGUCCUAUCUGGUGGCCCUGGUGGUGUGGUUCCACAUUGAGUGAGCCUCCUUUGGGACAGUUGGUGUCUGUAGACAAGACUGCCCUGCUAAUGGCCUUGGCGUCAGCCAAGCAUGUUGGGGAUAUCCACAUGCUAUUAGUACACCCCUGCGACUCCAAAGUGUCACAGCAGGUGCCCUGUUGUUUGGGACUUGCGGUUCCUUGUGUGAGUUCUGGCAUUCCAGACUCCUUGGAUCUCUGUGUGAGACUUUUUUGAACCGCGAGGGAAUAGCAGUGGGGAGUAGUGGUGCUAAGGUUGCUGCAGCACCCCCUGAAAAAUCGGAAUAGUAAGAUGUAUUUUGUUUAUCUUCACAAAAGUAGUGCACUGGGCCUUUACUAGUCCUGUAUUAGCUGACUGAUAUAGCAAUCUGUAGGGUCGGCCCAAAAAAUAUAAUUAUGCAGCCCCUUCCCCCGUCGGUGACAGAAUAGCAGCACCCCCAAACAUGUUUCCCGCAGCUAUGCGCAAGUGUCUAUGGACUUGGGCCAAUGUUAGGCAGCGUUUUGUCCAGGUUACCACAGUUUCCCUGUGGGUUUGAGCCUUGGGCUGCCGUGGCAAUGCGCAGGCUGCCUUGGUUCAUUGUGCGUGUGCUCUUUAACAAGUCACGACAGGUGUUCUGUUGUUUUGGACUUGCGGUUCCUUGUACAAGUUCUGACAUGUCAGGCUCGCAAGUUAAUUAAGUAUUGUUCUUGGAACUGUGGGGUCUAUGGACUUGUGCUGCAGUGGCAGCGUGUCAGUGUGCAUUGCCAAGUUGCAGCAGGUUCUCUAGGUCCCCAUAUGGGGUUCAGGCAGUUCAGAAUUCUUGGGUAAGUAUCAGAGAAAAAGGUGACUUCUGUAAACCCAUUUUGCAGCCGGUGGAAGCUGUGUGUGUGCUUGGGCUGUCGUGUGGUACCCUCUGAGCCGGCUUGGAGCAUGAUUGAAAGUACCCAUAGUGUGUUAUACCGAGUGACCGACUGAAAGGAAAUGUACAGUUAUGAAUAUAACUACUGUUCCCUGAAGGAGCGAACAAGGUAUAACCUAUUUUGACCCCACGCCAUCAGGGGGUUUGGGCUCGCUGAAGAGCAGUACUGAAUUUAGGAAGUGUAUGCGAUCCCUCAUAUUAUAGCCAGGGAGGUGGGGCUUCUGAGGGCGGGCUCUGCAUUAAUUGGCCCGUUGGGAUUGAUUUCAGUUUGCUUCAGGUGAAUAGGAUUGGUUGACCCCCUAUAAUAUGUUCUACCUUGUUCCCUCCUUCAGGGAACAGUAGUUCUAUUCCUAACUGUAUGUUUUCUAGAUAGCAUCAGUAGAGUAGGAGAUUCCUCCUUGUUUCAGGCACAGUGUUCCUAUGUUUUUCUCCGGACCAGAACUAUUCAGUCUGCAGUCUCGACAAUCUAAACACAACUGUUUACUAUGGGUUUCAACGCUCUUACUGUACCUGUACGCCUGUCCACUUUGCCAAUAAAGAAGUCUACAUGCUUUUGA